UCAUUCUCAACCUUUGAUAUGGGUUUAGUAUUGGGAAGAAUAGGAGUUGAAACACCAAAAUAUGAAGUUAUCAAAACCGCACAAAACUAUGUUGUCAGAAAGUAUGCACCUUCUGUGGUAGCCGAAAUAACCUACGAUCCAUCCGUGUUCAAAGGAGACAAAGAUGGUGGCUUUAAGGUUUUAGUUGACUACAUAGGAAUCUUCGGCAAACCCCAAAACACCAAAACCGAAAAAAUAUCCAUGACUUCACCAGUUAUCACAAAAGAAAACACAAGUGUUUCCUCAGAAAAGAUUGCUAUGACAGCACCAGUUGUGACAAAUGAGAAGAACAAGAUGGUGACUAUGCAGUUUACUUUGCCGGUUAGUUAUGGAAAAGUAGAGGAUGCACCAAAGCCUAUUGAUGAGAGGGUUGUAAUAAGAGAAGAAGGUGAGAAGAAGUAUGGGGUGGUGAAGUUUGGAGGAGUGGCUAGUGAUGAAGUGGUGAAGGAGAAGGUGGAGAAGUUGAAUUUGAGUUUGGAGAAAGAUGGUUUUAAGGUUGUUGGUGAUUUUGUGUUGGGUAGGUAUAAUCCACCAAGGAUAACAAUACCAAUAUUUAGGACCAAUGAGGUUAUGAUCCCUGUCGAAUGAAUCUAUCUAUUUUUAUUUAUUGAUUAUCUACUAUGUAUCAAUUUAUAAGUUUAUAAAUAAAAUAAAAAAUGGAGAUAAAAAUUUACUUUAAUAGUUUUUAUUUUAGAUAUUCAUGUGUUAUUAAUAUGCUUUAUUUUAU